AUGGCUGGACAUACAGUGAGUGUUAUGUGGGUAACUGAAUUUUUGACGCUAUUAAUAUUGUUGGUGGCAAUUCAAGUAGCGACGCGUCAACAGUGCGGAGACGGGCAAUUUUACAGGGGUGAACAUUUCGGCUGUAACCCAUGUAAACUGUGCACAUCUUCAGACGACAUACCUGGCUGUGAAGAAUGCUACUCACGUCAUUGUGAAAAUGGUUGGUUCUUUCACGGUAAAGACUAUGGCUGUCACCCUUGUAGUGUGUGCAAGACACCUGACGAUUUACCUGGAUGUGAUGAAUGCGAUUUUUCUACAUCUGAGCCACAAACACUAACAGCAAGUGAUUUGAAGAAUGACGAAGCAGUGAUAUCAGAAGUUGACGAUGACGUAGUGAAUAAGGACAAUCGAAAUUCAGACGGUAACCCCGCGACAGUAUGGGUACAUAUUACAGUUGCAGUGGGCGUUGCACUCAUCGGACUCAUGAGUGCACUGGCAGUCUUCGCUUUAAUUCACAGACGCAGAAGGAACACAUAAACGCGUGACGUAGUUCAUAAUGAUACUAGAGUACACGACACCCAAGUCAAUUUUCAGAACGAUAAGUUUGAACAAGUAUUAGUUCCAGCCCGGGGGCAACAAACCAAACUCGACGGUCAGUGUGCGCAAUACGAUGCAAUUUCUGUCAUUCAUUCAGGAGGAUCAAACUUCCAUGGACAAGAAUCACUUCCACUUAAGUUAGCCUCAGAUGAUCACGAUGUGUUAAGCCG